AUGUUCUUUAGAGUUUGUACUGAAAUUAGUAUAGAUAUUUACCUAAGACAAAGAUCAUCUCACCAAAAUACACCUGCUGUAGCUUAUCAAGCAAUUGAUGCCUUUUCUAAACUUAUUGUUCUUUUGGUGAAAUAUCACACAGACACUGAGGGUAUUGAUGAUAAUGUCGCAAAAAUUUCUUACCUGACAAAAAUAUUAUCAAUAAUUAUACUGAUUUUAGCACAAGCACAUGAACAACCAGAAAAUCAAAAGGUUGGCUUUAAUUUCUUAUAUAUUGAACUUGGAACAUUACGUGUUUUACUUGUUUUAUUGCAUGAUUUCCCAGAAUUUCUUUCUGGUUAUCACUUGAGCUUUUGUGAUGUGAUUCCAUCAACAUGUAUUCAAUUAAGAAAUCUUAUAUUAAGUGCCUUCCCACGUACUAUGAGAUUGCCGGAUCCUUUUACACCAAACCUUAAAGUAGAUCUAUUGCCAGAAAUAUCACAACCACCAAUAAUUUUAUCAGAUUACUCUUCGGCUUUAAUAACACAUGGGCUUAAAGAUGAUGUUGAUGAGUAUUUAAAAUUACGUUCACCAAUUAGUUUUUCAAUGGAAUUGCAUGAUAAAUUAUUAUUGGAUCCUAGCCAACAAGAUACAGCUCUUAUUGUUUCCAAGUAUAAUAUACCACUCCUCAAUGCUCUUGUUCUUUAUGUUGGCAUUAAAGAUGUUUAUGAUAAUUUUCAAGGAACUUUAAUUACAACAAGCCCGUCUAUGGAUAUUUAUAAACAAUUAGUGGCUGAUCUUGAUCCAGAAGAAGGCAAACAAGAGGGAAUCAAAGAACAGGUGACAAGGUAUAAUCUACAAGAAUUUUUUGAUUUAUUGGUUAAUUAA